AUGUCCUUUUGCUAUGCGAAUGACACAGCGAUUGAUCAAGCAUCUUUAAAACAUCAGUAUUUACAUGCUAUGCCUGAAUCACCAUUACAACAUAGAUUAUCAUCCAAUAAUUCAACUUCUAGUGGUCACGUUAGUCGUCUUAGUGCCGAUAUGACUCCAAAUUCUCAGUUAGAUCAGGAAAAACGUGUACGACGCGAAAUUGCUAAUUCCAAUGAACGCCGUCGAAUGCAAUCGAUCAAUAGUGGCUUUCAAAAUUUAAAAGUUCUCAUUCCUCAUUCAUGUGGCGAAAAACUUAGUAAAGCAUGUAUUCUUCAACGAGCUGCUGAUCAUAUAAAAAGUCUUGAAAAUGAAAAACUUAAAUUACAAUCUCAAAAUGAACAAUUUCGUAUAUUAAUAAAAAGUUUUCAAAUCGAUUCAACAAGUGUUUUACAAACACAACGACGUUUAUCCACAAAUGAUUCAGAUGAAACUGUUCUAUUACUUGGUAAUAAUAAUGAUGAAACAAAACCUAUAGUAAAUAAUGUAUUUGAUGAUGUUAAAAAUCGUCACACAUAUUGGCAUGCACAAUAUGUUCAAACACAAAAAGAUGAACAACCAUCGCCACAACAGAUCGAUAAAUAUUAUCGAACUGUAAAACAAUCUAAUACACCGGCGACAACAUCAGAUACAACCUAUAUGAUUUUGAAACAAAGUCAACCUAGUCAACGUUAUUAUAAAGCUAAUUCUCUCGAUCAAAAUAAUGAUAAUGGUAUUGUUAUUGUCGAACGAUGUCAACUUCAAACACAAAGUGUCGAUACAAAUAAUACUGUUUCACGUCGAAAUUUACAAACUAUUGUUGAAGCUAUACGUCAUUUAGAAGGUGAUGAUGCACUAGCAAAUAUAAAUCAAUCACAACAACCUACCUCAUCCUCAUCAUCCUAUCCCAAAGAAGAUUUACCGGCGCAAAUAAAAGCAAUGAUUAAUGAAAAAUUUCAACAAGCAAAUAAUAAAAAUCCAUCAUCGCCAUCAUCAACAAAUACAAUAUAUCAACAAACAAUAAACAUUCAUGAACAACAACCAGCAACAUCUGUUAAUCAUACUAUUGAUGAUUUACAUCACAGACCGCCUAAAAAACGAAAAAUAACGUAUAACGAAAGUGAUGAUACAAUUAUACAUAAACAAGACUUACCACCUAUAUCAAGUCCAGAAGUUCAUCAUCAUGAACAGAUAUCAAGUGAACCAUCAUCUACAGUAGCUCGAUUAUUACAAGAACAUUUAAUACAACGUACGUUACGUUAUACACCACAUUAG